ACAUUUGUUUUGAUAAGUUUUGUCUUUGUAUUUAUAUUUUAUAAUAGUUAUUAUAUAUAGGGAGAUUAAUACGCUCAAGACGGGAAUUUUUAGUAGAAGUGCCAUAAAACAAGUGAAAAUGUAAAAUAUCAAUUGUGAAAUUUUGUUUAGUAACUAUUAUUUAAUAAUUAACUUUCAAAAGUAUGUGGUACACAUUAAACUUUAUGUUGCAUAAGCGAUCAUAACUCAACUACAAAUCAUCAUUUUAUAUUAAUAUUGGUAUUGAAACAAACCCACAAUGGAGUACACACAACAUACAAUAUUUGUACAAGCAACUUUAUGGGUAUUUAUGGAAACUUAGAAAUGUUACAAACCAUACAAGGAACAUUAUGGGUGGUUCAUCUACCAAAUUUAAAAAACAUCUGCAGCGAGGAGAUGAGUAUGCUGCAAUGCGGAUGUAUUCAAAUUCCCUCGAGUUGAAGAAUUUAGAUCCUAAUUUGAGCUGUGGUGAAAAUCAUAACAAUAAUACUCUCUUACACUAUGCUGCUAAACAUGGAAUGAAACAUCUAUUAAGAGCUUUUUUAAAUGAACAUAACGGAAAUCCAAAUAAAAAAAAUAAUUCUAACGAAACUGCACUUCAUGCAGUCUGUUAUCUUUCACCCCAAAGUUCAUAUUCAGCACAUGAACGCCGUGCUGCUUGCGUUACAUUAUUAUUAAACUGGCAGGGAGCUGAAAUAGCGGAUGGACGCAGAGAAAAAAUACAACUGUGCGCUCAAAAUAAUGAUGGAAACACUGCUCUUCAUCUUGCCACGUCUUCGGGUUUACAAUAUUGUGUUGAUUUAAUGCUUGCACAUGGCGGAGCUCCCAUUUUUAAAACUAACAAACAAAACCUUACCGCUUGUGAUUUGGCUGUAAAUAAUGGGCAUGAAACUUUAGCUCGUAAAUUAGAAUCACGAAUGGUUUUUGGUGAAGAUUUAAAAGAUGUUUUAACCGUUGUGGAUGAAUAUGAUUUUGGAGAAGAAGAUACUUAUGCUGGCCUACGUACCCAAGAUUUACAAGAAGCUAAGGAUCAGUUGCUAGUUGAAACGGCUGACAUGUUAAACUUGCCUUUGUUUACUGCUGAAGCUCUUCUUAAAAAUAAUGAAUGGUCUAGAGAAAUUUUACUGGAGCGAUGGGUACGUGACCCAGAUAAGUGUUGUCAAAUUGCUGGAGUUCAAGUGCCUAUAUCCGUGCAAUCAUCCAAAAAAAUUUACUUCAACGGUAUACAACAAACACAAACAACUCUGGAAGAAGCUCAACGUAGUGUUAAUGAUGAAAUUAUAUGUGAUAUUUGCUUGAAUGAACUGCCAUUUUCCGACUGUCCAAUAAAACUGUGUUGUGAUCAUAAAUUUUGUAAUUCAUGUUGGAAACAAUAUUUAACGUAUAAAAUCAAAAGAAAAGAUUCUAGUAAUAUUUUUUGCCCAGCAUUACACUGCCAUAUCCUUGUUCCAACUGAAUUAAUUGAAAACAUUGUUAGCCCUGAAAUGGCCAGAAGAUACUUUGAUCUUAAUAUUGAAGCAUUUGUUGAAAGUAAUCGGUCUAUUAAGUGGUGUCCUGUUCCAAACUGUGGGCUUGCUGUACGGCUUCCGAUAAAUACAAAAAAAACAAAAAAUAAUUUGAAAAUAGCUCAUUCUGUAGACUGUGGUCGAGGCCAUUAUUUUUGCUGGGAAUGCAUGGGUGAUGCACAUACACCAUGUAGCUGCCAACAGUGGUCUCAGUGGAUGACUAAAAUUUCUGAAGUUAAGCCAGAUAAAAUUCGGGAAACAACAGUGGAGUAUGAAGAGGCUGCUAAUAGUUUGUGGCUUGUGACAAACUCGAAGCCUUGUCCAAAUUGUCACUCGCCUAUCCAAAAAAACGAAGGCUGUAAUCAUAUGAGAUGUUCAAAAUGUAAAUUUGAAUUUUGCUGGGUGUGUCAAGAAAGCUGGAAGAAACAUGGGUCAGCCACUGGAGGGUUUUUUCGUUGUAACCGUGCCUCUGCUGUUUGUAAAGCAGAUGAAAAAAGAGGACUCCUUUUAAAAGAAGCACAACAUAAGAAUAAACAAAGUUUAGAAUUAAGCAAAUUCCUUCACUACUACACAAAAUUUAAAAAACAUGAAGUAACUCGACAGAUGGAAGAGUGUUAUGUGAAAAUAGUGAAAAAAUGGAGAACUGCUCUUGCAAACGCUUUAAAUAUACCCGAUGAUGAUGAGCGUACAAAAUUUGUAGAAGACGCAGUAGUUGAAGUGCAAAAAUCAAAACGAGUUUUAUGUGCUUCCUAUGUGUAUGGUUUUUAUAUGCAGAGCAGUGCAUAUAAUAGAAAUAUUUUAGAAUUUAUGCAGAAUGAAGUUGAAGAAGUUACUGAAAAGUUAGCUGGAAUGGUUUUAAGGCAGUACAUAUGUAACCCACGAAGUGCCAUUAUUAAUACAACAAGUGUUCUGAGGCGGAAACGUCAUGAAUUUAUCAAUGCCAUAUCAGAUGGAUCAAUAUCCUUAGAAAGCAUGCAAUCAGCACCACAAAAUAUUACCAAUACUAAAAAUAAAUCUAGUCUAUUGCAACAAAAACAUUCAACUUCUAGCGCUAUGGAUUUAAUGAAAAAAGCUAUAGGAGAUUCCAUUCAAAUUGAUCCAGAUAACCCAUGGAUCGUUGAUUCCAAUGGACGUCAUCGUAAUCUUACGGCUAUAUUGGAUUGGCCUGAGAGUUGUUCUGACGAAGAAGAGGAGACAGAACUAGAUAGAGCUUUGGCUGUAAGUGUUUUUGGACAAUGCAAAAUGGAACAAUGCAAUAAAGCUAGAGUACGAAAUCCUCGGACUUCUAAAUUUCAUGAAUAUUGUAGUCUUAGGUGCAAAAAUAGUCAUAAAACUCUUUUAGAAGAAGAAAAAAAAGAAAAACGUACGAGUAUUGUGGGUACAUUUGCAAUGGAUCUCAUUGUGGCAUUAGAAAUGUCAAGGCUGCAAAUGAUAAAAGAUGCUCAGCAAAGAAAAAAAAGCAAAAUUGAAGAUAAUGCUAGUUGUAGCAAAGAUCCUGAUGUUUUAGAAGAUUCCAUAGAUGACGAUCAACAGAUACAAAUGGCAUUACAAAUGUCAUUAGAUGAAAUUUCAUUGGCUAAAACCAAAGAUUUGUCUAAAUCUGAAAGUGAAACUGUAACCGUAUCAUCAAAAACCUCCCGAGAAACUGCCAAUGAUUUAAAAAAUAUUCCUAGACUUAUACCAAAGUGCAGUGGUAUAAAACUUGAUGACGGUGUAUUCAAAGUAGGUGAUUUACAUAAAAAUAGUUACUAUUUAGAUUUUAGUCGAGGCAUUUAUAAUCGUUUGGAAAGCACAAGUCUUAGGCGUUCAUUAUCAUUUGGUGAUUUAAUUUCUCGCAGAGAUUUAUAUAAGAAUAAUCGAAGGUAUUGUGUAAAUGUGUACCAUUUAAGCAGUGAUGACGGACAUGAUCAGAUUACUAAGGAUAAUGUUAGACUUAAGUAUGAUUUCCAAGUGUUACCUAAAAAAAAAACUUCUAUUUUCAUGGAAAUUGAUUGUAAUGGUAAAUUCCAAAGUGUUACGUCUUUGGAUGACAGCAAUAUUGCUGCACCCAUAAGUUCUGAUAAAGAACUGUGUAGUGUUUUAGCUCAGAUUGCAUGUCAUAACCCCAAGAAUUUUCGCAGUACAUCAUUUAAACAUUUAAGUAAGAUCGGAAAGACUGCUGCUGUGGACCAACCUGAUGAAACCUUGGAAAAAGAAUCUUACAGUAAAGCUGAAGUUCCUCCAAAGCCUAACCUCAGCAUAAAAAUUGAAAAGUUCAGUAGCCAUUCUGAAGACAGUGCUGAUAAUGAUGUAUCUGCUGAUUUUGAAUCUGACACAGGUAUACCAAAAUCACCUACUUUAUUUAUAUCCGGUGUUUCCAUAAAUCGCACACCAGAAUCAAAAUCUCCUAUAUCAGGUCGUCAGUCAAGAUCAGCUAGCCUAACUGUCCCAAAAUACUUUUUAAAACCAUUGUACAAAGGCACAUCGGCUGACAAUCUAACAUCAUGCCGAGAAUGCAAUGUUGUUCAUACUAAUAAAGCACAUUCCUAUCAAACUCUCUUCAGUGCAGAUAGGAUGUGUUCUUCGGCUAAUAUGGUUGACAAAACUAGGAAUAUAUUUACAUUUCCUAAGUCUUUGACAGAUGGAGAGCUUUUUUCAACAUUGCAUAUUGAUAGAAACGAAUUAAGUUCAGACGACUUCCAUGAAGGUUUAUUUCUUGGUAAAAAACACAGACAUUUUUAAGUGCCAUUAUUAAUUUUAUUGCCAUUAAUUUUUUUUCCUUUUAAUUAAUCAAAAUAUAAUUUAAUUUUAUAUAACAUUUACUGGUAUUAAUGUUUUUAUUUGAUUUGGUUAUGUUGCUUUUAAUUGACUUAGAAGUUGCCAUUAUAGUCCGCCCACUGACCUUCUUCUGAAGACUUAAAUUUUCUAGUCGAUGUAAUGAAUAUUCUGAAAUUUAGUUUUUAAGGAGAAACAUGCCAAAACCUUUUUAAUAGUUUUUAUGUUCCUAGAGGGUUUGUAACUUUUCUUAUCCUUUCCUAACAAUUUUGCUCUCACAACCAAUAGUCUGAUUUAAUAAGUUUUAUUACAUGUAGUUAGCUUAAAACUAGCCAACAAAUUUGCUAUUCACAAAUAGCGUGUAGUUGUUAUUAAUGAGUUAUGACUUAUGACCAUCCAUUUUACGUUUUUUCGGUUUAUGUAAUUUAAAUAUUAAGAAUUUAAUUACAAUUAAAAAAAAUUCCAUCAUAUAUCUAUACAUUUUGAUUUUACAUUCCGUAAACUACAUUUGUACUUCCCUUUAUAUUUAAAAUAAAU